UAAGAACAAUUAAUAACUCAUACAAUGCUCGUUUCAUUUCAUUGCUCACUAGCAAUGGGUUUAGUUCAUUCAAAUUUCUGAAAAGUGUUUCCCGGAAAAAUGUUCUUAAAGUUAUAUAUAUUAUUUACAUUACUUGCAGUUAUUGCGACAUAUGAUAAAGUUGCAGAAACAUCCGUUGUUUUGGGUUCAAAACGAUUUUUAAUUGUGGACAAAUUAAAGUUACCUUGGGCCCAGGCUGUACAAUACUGCCUCGACAUGAAUAUGACACUCUUCGCUCCCCAUACGGAAGAGCUUACAAAACAACUGAGCGAGUUCCUUAAUGAAAUAGAAUUUGUUUAUAAACCGAAUAUUGGCAAUGAUUACAUCUUUUGGACUUCUGGCAAAUAUGAUCAAAAGCGUAAUGAAUUUAUUUGGCACAGCACUGGUGAUCAAUUUAAUUAUACUAAUUGGUUGACGAACAUGCCUGAUAAUUGGCGGGGUGAUGAGCUUUGUGUUGAAAUGGGGUUUCGAGAAGUGGGAAAAUGGAACGAUAAUCGUUGUAGAUAUAAAAGACAUUUCAUUUGUGAACACUUGGUAGAAAUAUAGAUACAUAUGUAUAUAGAUAUUAGAAAAUAUAUUGAAUGUAAUAUACGUAUAUGUA